AUGGCAGCCAUAUCCAUCAACACCGGCGGCGCCAGCGGAUUCCUCUACAACUCCGGUUCAGGAACCGCCCGGCUCUGCAUCACCGCCGAGACAGAGGACUUUGACAACGAGACACUACGCAGCUGGCAAGAUGAGGGAUUCGAUGUGGUUUAUGUCCCGUAUGAGGUCGGGGAGAAGGAGUAUGUCGCGAGGUUGAGGUCUGUUAGGGAGGGUUUGGGCGUGGGGGAGAAUUAUGCUGUUAUUGCACUCGGUGACGCCGCUUCGUUUUGUCUGGAUCAUUACCUCAAACCUACGAAUGCGAGUCGUCUCUGUGCGCUGAUUGCCUACUAUCCGACGAACAUACCUGAUACACGGUGUCGGUUCCCGCAGUCGCUUCGAGUAUUGACACAUCUGGCUGGUUCAACAGUGGAUGUAACAACGGUGCCAACAGCCUUAGGUCUACAAGGGAAGAAGCGCCGGAGGACGUGUCAGAUCGACCCCGGGAUUGGGACUGGUGAACGUCUUAACAUCGGGUUCCCGACAUAUACAUACGAUUACGUGCAGCCGGGCUUCGCAGAGCAUGAUCUAGAUGAAUAUGACCGGUUAGCAUCCGAGCUCGCCUGGACGCGCAGUCUACAUGUUUUACGAAGGGGGUUUGGAAAGGAUCUCGAUUUAGAGGGGAGGUGGGAGGAGCAUCAAGAGGGAAAAUUCUUCUCCUCAAACCUCUCCACAACAAUGGACCACUACACCACCCACCUCACACCAACAGUUACAUACACGCCCACCCUAACCGGCGGAAUCGGCACCAACUCCCUCCGCCGCUUCUACGAGCAACACUUCCUGCGCACGUUACCACCAUCCAUGCGUCUUCGUCUCAUAUCUCGCACAGUCGGGGUAGAUCGUAUUGUUGACGAACUGUACGCUUCGUUUGAACAUACGCAUGAAAUUCCCUGGAUGCUUCCUGGUGUCCCGCCGACGAACCGGAAGGUCGAAAUCAUACUGGUUAGCAUCGUUAGUAUGAAAGCGGGAAAGUUAUCAUCAGAGCACGUGUAUUGGGAUCAAGCUAGUGUGCUUGUGCAGGUUGGGUUGUUAGAUCCUAAGUUGGUUCCGGGUGGUGUGAAGGGUGUAGACCGGUUACCGGUUGUUGGGGGCGAGGCUGCGCGGAGGAUGUUGCGUGAGGAUCCGGAGAUGGAAGAGGAGUUUCAUAAUCGGUUGAUUCGGAGGGCGAAUGUUAAGGGGAAGGGAAGGGAGAAGGAUGAGAAGGCUGGUAUGGAAUCUGGGGUUGAUUCGAAGGUUAAAUCGACAGAUAAUGAGGGUAAGGGUAAGUCUGUUCAGAGGGAGGGGAGGCCUGCUGGGCCGGAGAUGGAGGCGGAGACGAAAGCUUAA